UUUUAGGUGCAGACUCAAAUAUCUGACCGUUUCUCUAACUCUUGUCUACAAUCUGCACAUUUUAAACUUUACUAGCAGUAAGGGUUUUCAAGAAUGGUCAUUAUUCUGUAAACAGGGAAAUGCAGCUUAAAUAGAUAUUGUUCACCUGUUAAUGCUAGCUUCUGUUAAAUACGUUUAUUAGCGCGGGUGAGACAACAAUCAUUUUUAGCUAGCCUUUAGCUACCACCAUCCAGCGAACAAGAAGGGUUUUAUUUUGAAAGCUGCGACGGGAAGUCCCGCAAUUACAUUUGAGAACUGCCGACUUGUUCAUGUGCGUGAAAUUCCUAAAGUUGAACCUUUUUGUUCGAAUACUUGGACCAGGAGUAAGUGGAUUUCUGGCAUGAUUAUCACCAAAAAGAUAAAGCCACCAAAACACAACUGAAUUGGGAGUGCGGACUGAUACGAAUGGGACUUGAAGGGCUCUUGUGGACAUAUUUAGACUUUGGAGUAGUGGACAGAGAGAGUGAAACUCCUGAUGAAGGAAGGGAAGGAGGAAGAUAACUAGGAGGAGCUGGGGAAAGAGCUGAGCUAUGUGGCAAAACUCUCAACUACUUCUCUAACAACGAGAGCAGUACAGUCGUGUUUGUUUUCGGGAGAAAGUGAAUGAGUGAGUGCACUUAAAGAUGGAGGGAGAGAAGGAGAGGCAGAGGCAGCAGCGGGAGGAGAAGGAGAGCAAUGAGGCGGAGGAUGAGACGAGGAGUGAUGAGGAGGCUGACAAUGAAGAGGAGGAAGAUGAAGAUUCUGAAGGUGCGGCAUUGGUCUGGCAGGAAGGCUACGGAGAGGAUAAUCUGGGCCUUCCCAUCAUGCAUUGGGAGGCGCUGAGCCUACGCAUCGCUGAACUGGAAAAGCAGGAAGAGGAGAAGAAGGAGAAGAGGGCAAAGAGUGGAGUUUCUCUGGAACGAGGCAGAGCUCCAGUGGGCUGGACGGAAGAGAGAGGGAGGAGAGCCGAGAGCUGGGAGGACGGAGACGACGCCUGCAACAGCCACGUGCUGGCACUUACCUCCCGCCUGCAGACACAGAUGAAUCUUCAGCUCUGCUUCAUCAACAACAGUGAAAGUGAGGAAGAGGAGGAGAAGGAGGGAGACAGCAGCAAGAAGGAAAGCAACAACACACGGAGAGGAACUCUUCAGGUUCAUAAGAAUCCUCAGCCUCCUGCCAAGCCAGAGAAGCCAAAAUCCAGAGGCUUCAGGAACACUCUGAGAAACCUGCGAGACAGACUGAGAACUGACCAUAAACCACUGACUCCAGCUCGUAGUGAUCCUGUAGUCCAGAGGAAACAUUUGGAGCGCAGUGAUUUACAAAGCUUCAGUGUCAAGGAGCUAAAUGCUCUUUGCACGUCCCUCAGCCAAACCAUACAAGACCUAAGCUCAGAUUUGGUGGGUCGCCUCCAGGUCCGGGACCAGCUGAGGACAGAGCAGGAUGCAAUGCUGCUGGAGGUCCAAGAUCUGACAUCGCUGUGAACCUGCUGACCACGUCUAGCUCAGCAUCAGUUAUGUCACACAAACAUUUGUCACAGUCUGUGAACAUUGUUGUCAAUGAGACGGUAUCACAGUGGCUUCCACAAACAUCUCAGUUAGGCUGCUGCUGUUGGUCUGACCAGCCAGUUACUGUGAGGAGUGUCAUUCCCUGAAAGGACCUGGACAUUUCAGUUGCACAGUAUUUUUUAAUGUUGUUGUCUGUGUUGUAUGUUUAUAAGGGAAAUUUUGUUUUUAGCCAGCUUUUAAACACACACAUGGCAGCACUGUAAGAAAGCCACAUGUCAUUGAGUGCUUUGUCCAGCAGGUGGUGAUGGUGCUGGAGCCAUACGGUACAGUUAACAACUGCACACAAGAUGCAGGCCAUGGACAGCUGUCUUAAAGGAACGCACUGAUGUUCUGGGAAACAUUCAGCUUUGCCUUCUGACUCAGAGUCAGUUUCAUCCCACACUGUUUCCAAAGCAGAGGUAGACUGGGUCAUGUUAAACCCAGUUUAGCACAAAGACUGGAAGCAGAUGGAAAAUCCUGUGUUGCAAACACUUGCUGCUUAAGAAGGCACAAUUUGAGUUUGGAAGACUGAAUUGAAUUGUUGCAUGUUCCUGUUUUUCUUUGUGUGAUUUUAAGUUCCUGGACCAAUCAAGCCAUUGAUCUGUUCUGCAAGCAUAGAGAUGACACUGAUAAUGGUUUGAUGGUAAACAAGCAUCUUUUCCCAAAUACCAGAAUGUUCAUUUAAAGGAUUCAUCCAGUGUUGAUGACAGUUAGCUUCACUUUCCAGAUUGGCCUCGCUCUUAAGAAAUUGCAAAGGGUGUAUAAAGACCAUCGAAGUUCAGAUAGUUAAAAGAAGCCUAUACCUUUUCAGGUGGAAAAAACAGUACUCAAGUAUAUAGUAAAAAUACCAAAUAUUAUUAGUUAAACAUGAAAAUGCAGCUAGGACAUAUUUAGUAUAAAGCAUGCAGAAUUUAGUGGCAUCUAGUGGGACAAAAUUGGCAGAAAUCUAAUACAGUAUUCAUAAGUAUGUUUAUUAGUGUAUAGUCACCGGAAAAUAAGAAUGUUUUUUUUUUUUAUCACCUUAGAAUGAGCCCUUUAUAUCUACAUAGGGAGCAGGUCCUCUUCCACCAUUUUACAGUCAUCCAGAGUGGACAAAUCAAACACUGGCUCUAGAGAGGGCCUCUCACAUUUUUUGUGAGUUUUGCAGCCACUGUAGGUUCUCCUACACACUUGGAAGGGGAGAGGGGGAGGGGUAUUCAGUUGGUUGCAAUUUGCAGCCUCACCACUAGAUACCUCUAAAUCCUACUCAGUGCACCUUUAAAUGUAAAAAAAAGAUUCUUUCUUUUAUUCAACACUGGACUGAAUGCUUAAAUACAUGCUGUAGUGUUUAGCAUCUUUUCCAAAGGCUUGAAACUGCAAUAUAAAAGGGACUCCUAUUAAGAAGCUGCUACUUCUGCCAACUGAGCAAUCUGUCAUUGUUUUCUACUUUGUCUAAGUGUAGUUCUGGUGUCUGAUGUCAGAAAAUAUUUCAUUGUUGUAUUCAUGCAUGUGGUUGUGAUCUGUACAUGCUCUUCUCACAACAUACAGCACAUCUUUUUGUUUUCUUCACCAAAGUGCUAUUUGCAUAUGAAAGGGAAGGUAUUUUUUCAUUUUUUUGUUUCAUCCUUUUUUGUGACAGUCAUGGGACAGUUUUUGAUAUUUUUCACCUUCCAAACACCAAAACUACAAAACCACAUGAAAAGCUGCAAAAAAAACUGCAGAACCCUAUGAUAAUGCGUUUACCUGCAAAGUUGUUUACCAUAAAUUCUAAAAUAGUUGGAAAGUAUUUUUUUAAACUUAUUUCAAUAAGAUGUUUCACUGUUUUCUGAUCUGGUCCUACAGUAUUUUCAUUGCCUGUUAAUGCAAACUCAACACUUUCUCUAUGUUUACCUGUCAUCUUAAUAAAUUCAACAUAAUGUCCUUUGCCACAGCACUGCUUCCAUCAGUACAACAAUAGAGUCAUGUCAUCUGCUUCUCUCCGUUUUUAUUGUUAACACAAAUACUUUUCAAGCAAUCAACAAAACGUCAAAGUAGAAAUUACAGGAAAUAUCAAAUGAAUGAAAACAAAAAAACUCAGAGCAAGUGGUGAGUCGGACAUGACUCUGUUGUUGGAUUGAUGGGAUUAAUGCUGUGGAAAUGUACACUGGAGCUGAAAUGUUGAGUCGACUAAUUGAUCAGUUGAUCAACAGAAGAAUCAUACUUUGAUAACAAAAAUGCCAAACAUUCUCUAUUUCCUGCUUCUUGAUUGUGGGGAUUUGCUGGGGUUUUUUUGUUUUUGUUUUUGUUUUGUUUUUUCAUAUUAUGUGAUGGUAGACUGAAUGUCUUUAGGUUUUGGACUGUUGUUGGACAGAAUACCCACCCUGCUUCCACCCAACCCCACUCAGUGUUUUUUACCUGAUGUUAAUUAACAAAGUGGCCUUUAUGUUUUCCAGUUUUCCAGUUAUUUCAAUGCCAGUUUUUAUUUGAAAAUUUACUCACAUUCAGCAUUGUACCAAUACUGUGGACCAAGAGUUGGGAAUUUCAAGGUUUCCAAAAGGGCUUAGACAUGACACACCCUUAACAUGGUUGGCCACAAAUGGACCAAUGGUGCCCAAUCUCCAACAGUCAGCUUGGUGUGUCAGGGACCAAGGAGAUGUAAAGGAACAGAACACUCACCAUUAGUAGUUUGGACACUGAAGUCAGUUAACCUUAUUUCUGUCUCAUACUUCUCAUAGUCAGUGUUGAAAUUUUAAUACAUAACAAUAACCACAGUCUGUCCUUACUUUAAAAAUAAACCUACAUGACCAGCACUCAGCUAAUAAUGCAAGUUAUGGUCAUGGUUUGAUCAUGAGUUUCCACUCUAAGAAGAGGACCCUGUUCCUUGUUUACAUAUAUUUACAAACUAAUGUAAAAACAUUUUUAACAGCAAACAAUAUUAAUAUCUUAGAUUUUGUGGUCUAGUAUAUAUAAUAUAAUAUUGUGUAUUUCAAAAAAAAACUGUCAAUCAAUUUGGGAGUGAUUGCAGGUUCCAGUCCUGUGUUUUGAAUUUUGGUGGUGGUGACCCUUUUGUUUACAAUGUAAUUACGGAAUGUGCCUUUAAAAAGAACAAGUAUUAGUUCAAUCAGUGAUGUCACUGCUUACAAUGUGUGUGAACAAUGGCAGGUUGAUGUGCUGUGUAUUGGUCCGUGAAUUAAUAAAUUGUCACCUGCCUAUAACUCAG